UUUUCAGCAUUUUUGUUUUUAAGUGCCUUGCUACAAGGGAACCUGGGAAAGAGUAGAGGCGAAGUGGGGCAUUUUAGCAGUCCCGUGCGGGCCGGGGAGGGAAGACAGACAGGAGACAGGUAUCAAGGCUGAGGGCACCCAGGGUCACAUAUGCACAGCUGACGGGGGAGGCGGGGUGGUUUCUGGGCUCUCCGGGCACCUUCCACGGGGGCGGGGAGACUGCCCGGACCUCCCCCUCAGCUGGGAGGUGGCUGGCCCCGCCUCCCUUUCCCCACAGCUACAGCUCGGCUCCGCGGCGGGGGUGGUGCUUAGACCCGUCUGGCCCCGGAUCCGUGCCUUGUCCGUGUGCAGGGAGGCUCCCGGGUCAUGGUGUCCGCGAUCAGCGCCCUCUGGCUGCUGCUGGCCGCCGCUUUCCUCGCCGCGCUGCUGCUGGAGCUGCUGCAGGCCCCGCGUGCGGGGCUCGGAGCCCGCCUCUUCCAGGACCUGAUCCGCUACGGGAAGACCAAGAGCGGCUGCGGGCAGCGCCCAGCCUGGCUGCGGCUUCUGGAUGUGCCUAAGAGGUGGUUUUCUCACUUUUAUAUUCUUUCUGUGGUCUGGAACAGCUUUCUGCUCCUAUUGCUUAUUCAAGCGUUGUUCCUAUCAAGACCUUUCCCAGUAUGGCUUCAGAAUUUGCUCAGUGCUCUUGGUGGAGCUUCGCAAAACCAGGAUGUGGGUAACAAACACCUGUCUGUCCUCCUGGUUCUCAUGCUCCUGUUGUUACACAGCUUUCAAAGGCUCAUAGAGUGCCUGUACAUCAGUGUCUUCUCCAGUGGUGUCCUUCAUAUCUUACAGUACUGCAUGGGACUUGGGUACUAUAUUGUUAUUGGCUUAACGGUGCUGUGUCAAGUGCCAGCUAAUGUCAGCAAUGGGAAAGACCUCUUUAUGCAGAUCUGCUGGUAUCACAUCCUAGGAAUUAUGAUGUACAUUUGGGCCUCUGUUCACCAACAUAGAUGCCAUGUGAUUCUAGCUAAUCUUAGAAAAGGUAAAUCAGGAAAGGUAGUAAGCUUGAACCACAGCAUUCCUUUUGGAGACUGGUUUGAGAGAGUAUCUUGCCCACAUUAUUUUGCUGAACUCCUAAUAUAUGUAUCCAUGGCCGUCAUAUUUGGAUUUCAAAACUUAACCUGGUGGCUUGUAGUAAUGUUUGUGUUGUUUAACCAGGCAUUGGCUGCAGUUCUGUGCCAUGAGUUCUAUGUGAACAAAUUCAGCUGCUACCCAACACAUCGAAAAGCAUUUAUACCAUUUCUUUUUUAGAACCUUUGUUUUUGUUAAAAAUGUCUCUAGCGUCUUAUUGUCAGACUGAGCUAGCUAGUUACAGUGAGUUAACGUGUUCUCUGCUCUCUUCCUCUGUCUUCUUUGGCCUCUUGCAAUCUGCAAAGGAAUCUUCUAUUCCACACUCACACCUUUGACUCUUCCCAAAAUGUCCUGCGAUGCUUGCAACAGCAUUAGCAAUAUACAAUGAUGACCUGCCUCCCGCUGGGGGACCCCUUGAUGGAGGGGGCCAUUGGGAUGUGACAUAUCUACAGUAUGUAUAAUCUGAACUGUACAUGGUAUUAAAGACCUCAGUUAAAGUGCAA